AUGUCAGCUGCCAACCGAUCCCACACCAACACUUUGCCUUUUCUCCUGACGGGCAUCCCUGGUCUGGAAGCUUUCCACAUGUGGAUCUCCAUCCCGUUCUCCUUUACAUACAUCAUGGCCUUGAUGGGAAAUAGCAUGGUCCUUCUCACAGUGAGGCUGGACAAAAGCCUCCAUGAGCCUAUGUACUAUUUCAUUUCCAUGUUGGCUGUCAUCGACCUCGUCUUCUCGACCGCUGUCGUUCCCAGAAUGCUGGCUGUAUUCUGGUUGGAUUCAAGAGAGAUCGGUUUCGAGGCCUGCUUCAUCCAGAUGUUCUUCAUCCACACAUUCACUGCGGUGGAGUCAGGGGUGCUCCUGGCAAUGUCCUUUGACCGGUACAUAGCCAUCUGCCACCCCCUGAGAUACACCACCAUCCUGACGAGGUCGAGGACCAUCCGGAUAGGCCUUCUGUCCCUGGCCAGGGGAGCUGGUGUCAUGACCCCUUUGAUGUGCCUCCUCACCAGCUUACCCUACUGCAAAACCAGAGUCAUCCCUCACUCCUACUGCGAGCACAUGGCCGUGGUGGAGCUGGCCUGCGCCGACCCGUCCCUCAGCGAUCUCUACAGCCUCAUCGUGGCAACGCUGUUGGUGGGGUCAGACUCUCUCUUCAUCACCUUCUCCUACGCCAUGAUCCUCCGGUCUGUGAUGAGGCUGCCAUCCCAAAAGGCGCGUCUCAAGGCCCUCAGGACCUGCGGGUCCCACAUUUCCAUCAUCCUGCUGUUUUACGUAGGUGGUCUCCUCUCCAUGUACCUGCAGAUGUUCUCCUUCGGCUUGGCACCUCACGUCCAAGUCCUGGUGGCCGAUUUCUACCUGACGGUCCCUCCCAUGCUCAACCCGCUCAUUUACGGCAUAAAGAUGAAGCAGAUCCAGGACGGGAUCUUCAAACUGCUGAGGCAGUUGGCAGGACUCGGUGUCUCCCAACCUCACAAAGACAGGUCAGAUGCUGAGAGACGGCGGCACCGCCUGAAAACCAUUUAUCCCAUCCUAGAAUAG